AUGCCGACGCCCAACCCAAACCCUGCGAUCUCCUCAGAUACCAUAUAUCGUAUAAAGCCCCUCCAUGAUACUCAAUCGACCUCCGAAACGGCCCAACUCUCUAGCCUCUCGUCUCCCACCGACGUGGCGCUGGCCUUCCUUUCGACCACCUCUACCCUCGAAGACCUCCACACCUCUCUUCUACACUCCCUUUCCGCCUCCGGCUGGACAGAGCGUGUUCGUGCCCUCGCCCUCGAACUUCUCCGCUCCGGCCGUUGCACGCACUUUGAAGACGUCGUCGACAGCAUCGUCCAAUCCGCCACCGCCCCCCGGCCGCCCGGCGACGAGGGCCAUACUCAGUCUGUCCUCGGUAAGAGGAAACGUGCCAAAGAAACAAACGGUAUCGCGAUGAAAAAUGGGGCGACCAACGUCAAAACGGAAAACAGCAGUGACGCAGAGGGAGACAAUGACGAUGACGGUAACGAACAAGGCAAUGCCGCCGGCAAGGAUAUCAACGGUAAUGCCAAGAUGAAACAACUGAACGGCAAGCAUAAACCUGACACGACCCAUGUUGGCACUGAUGAACUGUAUACACUCCCUGAAGUCGAUGUUCGCAUACCUCCACACAUAGUCGGAAAAGGCGUCAAAAUUUUGCAUGAAGCUCUGGGGGAGAUAAUCAUAGACUCGGUAGAAGACGAUGAUGAAGACGGUGAAGGCGAACUUGAUGAGACACAGAAGGCUUCGUCAAAAGCAAUGGCGGCUACAAAGCGAUAG